AUGUACCUUCCGAGGACGCUGAUCGGGCACUUGUACUCUCAUCUUCUUCGUACGACACAUCCGCUCUCUCCGCCUGUCCUCCUUCUUGUCUCCCUCGAGCCCGACGCACUGUGUGCCUGCCGCAUCCUUACCGCACUCCUGAAACGAGAUUACAUUCCUCAUAAAAUCCAGCCCAUCGCAGGCUACAAUGAUCUUGCCCGUGCCGGUCAGGACUUGGUCCGUCCCAUGCGUACUAGCGAUGGCGGCAGCGGCGGCGUUGUCGUGUGCUUGGGCGUUGGAGGAUUGGUCGACCUCGAGAAUUUGCUAGGCUUGGAAGGAGAGGAGGGUACGGACUUUGGUGGCGUCGAGGUCUGGAUUAUGGACGCUCGGCGACCUUGGAACUUGAGCAAUGUCUUCGGUGGAAGAGCAGACGCUGGUUCGGACGAAAACGAUCUCCCCACAAAGGUACCCGGUGUGGAGCGUGGGAAGAUACUACGCUCUUACAAACCUGGAAACGGGGGUAUCAUAGUGUUCGACGACGGCGACAUCGAGGAGGAGCUUGAGCGUGAAAGAGAGGCAUAUACUUCAUUGGAGCAAAUGCCGGAGAUUGACGAAGAGGUAGACCUCGAUGAUGACGAGAGCGAUACAGCGGAAAACGCAGGCGAAGAAGCACCACCAAUAUCAGGUCAAAUGAGUCGCAAAAGAAAAUCCUGGGAGGACGGUGACGAGGACAGUGAAGGUGAUGACGAGGAAGGGCGUCCAGCUCAGAGGCGGAGAAGCAACUCGUCAACGCCUAUGCCAUCGUCACCAUCGCGGCCUCCGCGCCACGGGCUCCUCGUCACAGCGAAUUCCUCGGACUUCUCGCGUUCAGAUUCCAUAAACCGCUCGGUUUCUCCACCAGCACAACGGCAGGCUUCGGCGAAAACGCUCCGCCGACGCUUGCUGAAGCUCCGCGAGCGGCACAACCGGGUAUUGGACAAGUACUACUCCCUAGGCACAUCGUACUCAGAGCCUGUGUCUUCCAUCGUGUACAGUCUUGCAUCAGAGCUUGGCCGAGAAGACAAUGACUUGUUGUGGCAAGCAAUUGUAGGAGUCAGCAGCUUGGAACUAUAUGGCCGGACACCAACUGGUAUGGGCCUGACUUCAUCCUCGAAACAAGGCUGGCACGGCUCGAGGGGCAACCGAAUCCGCGCUCUACUUCAAGAUGAGGUACGGCGUCUAAAUCCAAUUGAUCCAAAGGACAUUGCACGCGAAAUGAGCAUGGGAGAAUCAGGCGGAGUCAUUCCAACACAUGCUCGAUCACCAACAGACAUGUCGAUCCGUCUUUCACCAGAACCCCGUUUCCUGCUCAUCAGGCACUGGAGCUUGUAUGACAGCAUGCUCCAUUCCCCCUAUCUGUCUGCAAAACUUCAUCUUUGGUCGGACCAGGGACGCCGGCGUCUUCAUAAGCUUCUGGCCAAAAUGGGAGUUAGCCUAACUCAGUGCAAGCAAAGCUACACCCACAUGGACAUGGAGCUGAAGCGCGGCUUACGAGAACGACUUCUCAAGUUCGCCCCCGUAUACGGACUGGACGGUCUAGUACCCGAAGCAACAGAACGAGGUGGCGGCAAGGAAGGGUGGGGCUUCGUCCGCUGCUGGGGCUGGAAAGCAUGUCUUUCGGCAGUGGACGUCGGUGUCGUAAUUGGGGCAAUCCUCGAAGUCGGGUCCAGCGUCCAUUUGUCAAAUUCUUCACCACAGCUGCCCCCCACCCCGCAGUCGUUGGACAGUUCUGGCAGCCAAGGCUUCCUACCCGACGCCCCAAAAUUCGACGAUGAAGCCGCUCAGGACGCCAUCACCUCUCGGUUCUGGACCGCAUACGAUUCGCUCACCUCUCCCAACCUCAUCACAAAACACAUCGCCAUCGCACAGCACCUUCACCGUGCCAUCCUCCGCACGGGCACCGCGCUCAUCGCCAAGCACCAGAUCCGCCACCUCCGGGCGUUCCGCAUGGCCGUGGUCAAGGAAGGACCGGACGCGCCGCUCUUCACGCACGCCGGUGCGCUCGUCAAGCUGGCGCUGUGGGUGGCGGAGGCGGUGCAGGAAAUGGAGGGCAGGAAGGGGCGGGGCGGCGGCACCGAGCUGGUGAUGGCGGGUCUGGACGAGGGUCGCGGCGUGUACGUCGUCGUCGGUCUCGGGGGCGGGGGCACGACGGUGCAAAGCAAGGAGAAAGAGAAGAGGCGGGCAGAACGGCAGAGGAAAACAGAAGAGAAGCGCGAGGCGAGAAGGAAGGAGAAGGCGGCGGAUAGGCAAAAGAUGUUGGAGAGGCGGCUUGCCAACGGAGAAGAAGUGGAUGAGGACGAGGAUGAGGAGCUUGAAACGGAGGAGGAAGACAGCAGUGAGAGCGAGAGCGAGGAUGAGGAAGACGACAUGGACGGGGAGAAGAGGAGAAAUGCGGGGCGCAAUCGAUUUGGACUCGCGUUUCAAGAGGUCAUCGAAGAGACGGGGGCACGUGUCAGGGUCGACAGCUUUGAGCAUUGCGUGGUAGAGGUCAAGAAAGAGGAUCUCAGCGGGUUUUUGGAGCAGCUAAGUAUGAAGGCCAUCGUGGGCUAG